AGUAACGAUUCUCGUUGCGCCACUUGCAACGUUUAUCGGCGUUUAUUUUCAAUUGAUUUUUGUUGGGACCAUCUUUCGGAAGGACGUGCCGAUUUACCAAACGAGAGAGAUAGCUGUUUUAGAAGUCUAUGUUUUAUUUGAUCGCAAACGACACAACUGCACGCUUCUCGAUAUUCUUUGGUCGAUAAACGAUCACGUUUCGACGCGGUGACGAUACCUGUUUAUUCGACAGUUCUGGACAUCUUAAAGAAAGAGAGAGAGAGAGAGAGAGAGAGAGAGAGAGAGAGAGAGAGAGAGAGAGAGAGAGAGAGCACGCAGCAGAGUGCCGAGCCGCAAACUCGCAACGUCGCAAGCUGAAACUAUACCUGCGACAAAGUGCGUAGUUCGCAAUCUCGUGUUGAAUCGCACAUCUUCAAUCUCCAAAAAAGGAAGAAAAGAACGCUGUAUUUUCUCGGCCACACUACGCGUUUACCAAUCGUUUACCGAAAGAUGCACAUCACCUGCAAAUGCUUGAACGUAUCCAUCGAAUCCAGGAGUACAGAGUUACAACGGACUAAUGUCGAAUUAACCGACCUGGAGCGCGCUGAUGCUUUCUUUCGCGAGGAUUUGGCGAGUGUACCGGAAUUAAAAAAUAUUACUAAAGAACAACCUGGUUUAAUGGAAAUAAGAAAUGUUGGUUCAUGGAUUAUACAUCGUUGUUACAAUUGCUCGAUGUAUACUCAUGCUGUUCAUAGAGAAUACGGUGCUGCUUUAGUCCUUAUUAAUAACAAUAUUCUUUUAUCUCCCGAGGAAAUAAAUAAACUAAAAUCCAAUCCGGAUUAUAGUCCGGUGUUUAGGAUAGUAAUUAAUCAUAGUUUGGAAGAUCUCGAUGAUUAUCUUCAGCAGCCUAACAAAUUUUCUGUUUCACAAUUACCUAGCACACUUCAAAUGGCUCUAGAUGGAUUACAACGACAGCUAGAAGAAGCUGUACAACGCCAAACAACAGUGAUAGAAAAUAAAAUACGUGCAUUUACCGCAGAGCAGUAUCAAUUGUUGGAACAAUUUCGAGAGAGAGCACAUAACGAACAUAGGCUGUUAUCAAAACUAGUAUGUAGAGGAGAUGAAACAAAUAAAGUAACCAAUAAUAUAGAAACUCCACCAACAACUCCCGACAGCUUUAAAAAUACCUUGAUUACCUCUGCAGCUACAGUGAAUCCAAAGUAUAAUAUAAUAUUCAAUGACACGAAAGUGUCCAGUGGACCAAACGUUAAACAUGAGAUAACGACCAGACAUCCUUCCAAAAGCACUAUUAACAAUGAAAGUUCGAGAAAAAAUGAUCCAUUGUACAUUUGUACUAAGGAAUCAGCUAGCUUCGAUACAGAAGCAUUAUUUCCUUUUGAAGGAAUGGAGGAUACAGACACAGCUGGUCAACAGCUUCUGUGGUCUUCAGAAGAGGGAUCUGAUACCGAUGAUUCGAGCCAAAAUGAAGGGAUUCAUAUGCGAAGAGGUCAACGAGAUAGUCAUUCCACAUUAGCUAAAUCAUUACCUGUUACCGUACCUGUUUUCCCUUCUAUCAUUCGUCGUACAAUACAGGACCAAGAUGACGACCAGUUGCCAACCGAUCCGCUAGAUCCACACAACAUUCGAGCUUCGAUCAAAGCCUUAGCUAAAAGCGUCCAUGGUGAUACAGUAUUUGGGGAUUUACCACGUCCUAGAUUUUCUACUCAGAUCUGAUUUACCAAGUAUGAUGAAGACAUUUAUUCAUCACUUCUUAAUUUUUAAAUACAAUAUAUACCAUUGUUUCUAUCAUCCGUCAUUUCUCUUUCAUACAAAAGUUUAGAGGUUUAUGUAUACUUGAAAUAAAUACGGCCGGUUUUGCAGACAAGUACAGAACACUGCAUAUUUCUAUAAAAAUAACUUGAAAACAUGCUUUAAGUUUUGACUAAAUUUACUAAACACACAUGAAAGAAAGACAAACUUUAUACUCUAUUUAAACUGAAUGCUACAAAUGUUGCGAAAAUUGAUUGUUAAAUAGAUAAAGAAUAUGCAUUAAAUAUUUAUAAUAAUCGACUUAAAUACGUCUGCAAAAUUUCAAGUUGCCUACUACAAUAAUUUGGAAUUUAAUUUAUUCCAACAUAAUUUUAUUUGUAUAUGUUGUCGUCAAUACUUAAAUAUCAUAUAAUGGAUUAAAUUUUUUAUUGAGUAACUUAAAAAUUAAUUGGACAUUUUGCAACGUAGUAAACAACUAUGUUGUGCUAUUGGCAUUGUUGAUACUCAUAAAAUGUGUAUGCCGCGCGUGGGUGUGAAUAUUUUAGCUAUAUAUUUUCGUUUAGUUGAAAUAUAAAUACUAUUAAAACAUGCAAAGGUAAUGUCAAUUAUGCACAAGUAAGAAUACUUUAUAAGAUUAUAUAAUUAACGUGAUAUAGAGAAAUACAUCGCAAAUGUCAAUAUAAUAAGAGGAUUACAUUUAGAAAGUAAGGUUCAAAGCAAAUUAAGCAAAUUGUCAAAAACACGCUUUUUAUAAUAUCGUAUAUUUUAUUAUAAAAGAAUGGAUAUCUUUUUGCAAUUUUUUUAAACAUAUUGACUGAAUAAUUAAAUAUUAAUACAUUUAGACGUUAUGCAUGAAAAAAACUCCAUUGAACGCAUGACAUAAUCAUAUUCUGCUUUUGAUAAAAAUGAAGUACUUCAUCUUAUCGCGUUCAUAUUUAUUGAUUCAAGUUUACUUAUCAUGAGACACCUGUAAGAAUAUUAUUACAGUUUUAUAGAAUUAAAAAUAUAUUUCUUGAUAUUUUUUCAACAGUGCAA